AUGAGCUCUAGCACUGUCGAGGAUGGACUGGUCAUCGAUAUGGAGGCCAUGAAGGACAUCAGUAUUGACAAGAAAAAUGAGCGCGUCGCUAUUGGAGGUGGUUGUAACUGGGGAGAGGUUUACACGGCUCUUGAUGAAGUCGACUUGAUGUGCGCUGGAGGUGGUGUGCAUGUUGUUGGCGUAGGUGGCCAUCUGACGGGAGGUGGCUAUGGCCCUUACUCGUGGAACCUCGCCAUGGCUUGCGAUCUUGUUCUUCAAGCGACAGUUGUGAUAGCCGAUGGCUCGAUUGUCACCGCAAGCGAAACCGAGAAUCCUGACUUGUUCUUCGGCAUUCGAGGUGGCUCUUCGUCCUUUGGUGUGAUAACGCAGUUCGUUUUGCAAACACUUCCUCGCCAAGGGCCGUACAGUUUGCGUACUCUUGGCUUCCCGGUCUCCGCUGUGAAAGAGGUCGACGAAGCUCUACAAAAAUUCAUGAAACAGGAUUAUGCUCAACGUGGAUUGCUACCAUUUCUCUACAUGGUUCGCGGUCCACCACCCCAUCAUCCACCACUCUUAAUUGUCAACUUGAACGGAGUAGGACAGGCCAGCGAAAUUCCCGAAGCUUUGGAACCUUUCCUUGCAAUGAAACCAAUUUUCGACCAGGAAAAGAAGUUCGAGACCAUGCCAGAAUUCAGCCAUGUCUUGGACGAUCUGCUACUGCUAGGCGCGCCUCGAAAGACCACUGCGUCUGCGCCGAUCACUGAACUAUGGCCGGGUAUGGUAGAAGAAAUCUUGAAAGAAUAUGUGGAUUACACAAACUCGACGCCAGACGCUACUGCUCAUACUAAAGUCUUCUUCGAAUUUCUCCAUGCGAAGCGUUUAAAGCCGGAAGGUAGCUGUGUUCCAUACAUCGAGCCAAUCCAUCAUAUGUUAAUUGCCAGUGACGAACACACUGAUACAAAGACCGACGCGGCUGCAGAUGCGUUCGUAACUAGGGUCAGUUCCAUUGGCCGCAAAUACCAGAAGAAACACGGAGGUAGGGACUUAGGGGCCAAUGGAAAUGCGACUACUCUGGUGCAGAAAGGCGAUCAAAUUUGGCUUCAGAAUUAUCCGAAACUACGCAAGGUGAAGGCAAAAUACGACCCGAAUCUUGUUUUCAAUCGAUACCACACUAUUGAGCCAGACUUCUCUUGA